ACACCGGCGCAGGAGCUCGGCAGCCGCUGGACAGGGUGGGGGGGGGCCGCUUUCCUCUCUCUCUUUGCUGCUUCUUGAGGUCCAGGUACCCCAGCCCACAGGUGCCCUCUGCCAUGAGGCUGUCCUGGGGGCUCCUCCUGCUGCUGGCAGCUCUGGCACUGGAGUGGAUGGCUGCUGCCUGCUGCCCUGCACCCUGUGUCUGUGACAACCUCCACGCCCACGUCCUCUGCCUCAACGGGAGCCUGACGACCAUCCCCACCACCAUCCCACAGCUCACCAAAAAACUAAACCUUCGAGGCAACAGUUUCAUGGUCAUCCCAGCAGGAGCCUUCCUUGCCACUCCGUACCUCACACACUUGGAUCUGCAGCGUUGCAAGGUGGAGAGGCUGGAGGAAGGAGCUUUCCGGGGGCUGGGGAGGCUGGUCUACCUGAACCUGGCCUCCAACGGCAUAGCAGUCCUCUACCAGGAAUCCCUGGAUGGACUGUCCUCACUCCAGCAGCUCAUCCUGGAGGGGAACCGCAUCGAGGAGAUCCAGCCAGGUGCUUUUGGCCAUCUAGGGUCCCUCAUCGUCCUUGACCUCAGGGCAAAUGCCUUGGUCUAUCUCCCGGACAUGGUCUUCCAGGGUCUGCAGGUCCUCAGAUGGCUCCGGCUGUCCCACAACACCCUCCAUGUGCUGGGCAGCGAGGCCUUUGCGGCCCUGCCCGCCCUGCGCAGGCUGAGCCUGGACCACAAUGAGCUGCAGGCACUGCCUGGAGAGGCCCUGGCCAGGCUGGAUGGGGCUACCUGGCUGGACCUGGGCCACAAUCCCAUCACCUAUGUGGCCGAGGAGGCCCUGGCCAUGGCCUCCCUGCAGCACCUCUUCCUGGACCAUGCCUCCCUCCAGGACGUGGCACCUGACGCCUUUGCCCGCAGCCCCCAGCUGCGCACGCUGGACCUCCGUGAAAACCAGCUGCAGGGGCUGCCACCCCUGGCUGGGGCUGGGGGGCUGGUGAGGCUCAGCCUGGCUGGGAACCCCCUGCUCUGUUCCUGCCUCCUGCGCCCCUUCCGUGACUGGCUGGCGAGGUCACGGGUGCAGGUGGAGGGGGCCUGUGCCGCACCCCCUGCACUCCGCGGCCGGCCCCUCGACUCCCUGAGGCCCCCCGAGAUGAGAUGCGGCCGCCCCCAGCCGCCCCCCAGCUCUGCCGUGCCACUGGGGCAGCCCAGGGCAGCCGGCAGCGGGCAGUGCCCCCAGGGGUGCACCUGCUCCCCCGAGUUCCAUCACGGGUCCUGUGAGAACAGGGACCUGCAGGAGAUCCCCCGGGGCUUCCCCAGGGACACCCGCCUCCUCGACCUGCGCCGAAACGCCUUCGGGAUGGUGCCACCGGGCGCCUUCCCUGGCCUGAAGGAGCUGGUGUCCCUCCACCUGCAGAGCUGUGGCAUCGAGGCACUGCACCCUGGGGCACUGCGGGGGCUGCAGAGCUUGGUCUACCUCUACCUUGCCAACAACCGCCUCUCCACCUUGGUGGCCACUGCCUUCGAGGGGGCCCCGCGACUUGCCUACCUUGACCUGGACCACAAUGCCUUCACCAGCCUGCCCGCGGGCGCCUUCCAGCUCCUACCCAACCUCAUCUCCCUCCACCUGCAGCACAAUGCCAUUGGGGAGCUGGCAGAGGGUGACCUGACUGGGGCAGGGGGCCUGCGCUGGCUCUACCUUGCUGGGAACGCCAUCAGACACAUCGCCCCCGCUGCCCUGGCUCCCACCAAGGUGCUGGAGAAGCUGCACCUGGAAGGAAACCACCUGGUAGAGGUGCCUACAGCAGCCCUGCGGGGCUUGCCCGCCCUGAGCGAGCUGAAGCUGUCCCAAAACCCCAUCAAGCAGCUGGGGGAUGGCGUCUUCCUGCCGGUGGCCUCCAGCCUGCAGCAUCUCUACCUGGACAACAUGGGCCUGGAGCAGAUUUCCCCCGGUGCCUUUGCUGGCCUUGGUCCCAAGAUCAGAAGCCUCUACCUGGAGGGCAACAAAAUGAGCAACAUCCCUGACAUGCGCAACUUCACGGGACUGGAGAUCCUCAACUUGAGGAAUGUGCCUUUCCACUGCGACUGCCAGCUCCUUCCCCUGCGCAGGUGGAUCGACAAACUCAACCUCCGUGUAGGGGCCACCUGUGGGUCCCCUGCAGAAGCCCAGGGGCUGAAGGUGAAGUUUUCCACCACUUUCCAAACCUGCCCUGGCUGGGGCCAAGGCAAGGCUGGGGGAGCCAGUCCUGACAAGGCUGCAAGCAAGCCCAGCAAGAAAAAGAGAUCGGGAAAAUCACCAGCCAGAGGCUUCAGGAAGAGCAGAGCUUAGGAAAUGUACGUGGGACACAACAGGGCCAUACCUGCAGUCUGGUGAGAGCAAUUUUUCUAGACUUGUCCCCACCACAGCGACAUGGAUAUUGCAUGAGGUGCAAAGGAGAGAGCCUGGUGCCACCGAAGCAAUGCCAAUUUGCCAAAGAGGCAGGGUUUGUUUUUGCAGGACACAAAGGAAUGUUACCCUGGAAAGAACCGGUGCAAAAAGCUUCCGUAGUGUUUGCAGCAGGCUUUGAUGACUCAAACAACAAAGCCAAAUGCUUGCUUUUUCUUCCCAAGGCUCCUUCCAGCCAUGUGGAAAAGCUGGAAUCCACAUUUGGUUUUGUUUUUAAGAGCGCUGUGCUUUUACACCUUCAGAAACCAUUGAAGAACCCUGAGCAGGACUGCAAACAGCACCAGUGCAGCAACAUCAUGCACUGGCUCAAAUCUUAGAGCAGCAGUGAAAACACUGCCUGAAUUCCUAGCAGCUCUUCAGAAUUAAAACAUGAG